AUGGCGAAAAGCGCAAAAGCGAAAAGUUCCGCUGUCCGCGAUGAUUCGUUCGAAAUUCUCAGAGUUGGCGCUAUGGAGGACAAUGAUUAUUCGCGCUGGAUGGAAAAUCUACCAAAUGAGAAACAACUAUGCCCUUUAAAAGAUCUUGUGAUACCAGGAUCGCAUGACUCCGCUACAUUUUUUCUCGAUCAAGACAUGGAGAUUGGCCCCGAUGAAUCUCCCACGAUUCAAAUGCUGGGAAGCGUUUUCGGAAAAGUGGCAAAGUCUGUAGUCCAUAGUUGGUCCGUUACGCAGUCUAUGUCAAUCUACGAACAGCUUUUGUCAGGAAUCCGCUAUUUGGAUCUGCGAGUUGCGUACAGAGCCCAGGAUAAACAGAUCCGAAUUCUUCACGGUCUGUACGGCUGGACAAUCGAAGAAGUUUUGGCAGAAAUAAACAGGUUCGUGGAAAAAUAUCCUAAAGAAAUUGUCAUUCUGGACUUUAAUCAUUUUUACAACAUGGACCCGGCGGCACAUGAGAUGCUAGCCGAUACUUUACUUGCUUCAUUCAGUGAAAUAUUUCGCGCUCCGGGGGAAGACGGUCCAGACGUGACGCUACAAGAAAUGUGGGGCAAUGAAGAAAAAGUCAUUAUUAUAUAUCACGAUUAUGGCGUGAUCGAUGCCUACCCCUGCUUUUGGCCUCCCCAUUUAAUCUGCUCCCCCUGGCCAAACACGGCGGACAGAAAACUCUUGAUGGAAUUUCUUAACAAACAAUGCGCCGUGAGCACCUUUUCUGAAGAUGCCUUUCAAGUGACGCAAGCUGUCCUUACACCUCAGACAUCAACCGUGUUUCAGAAUAUGACAAGUACUUUAAAAGAUGUGUGUGCCAUGAAGUGCAACUGUCACGUCACUGGGUGGCUGAAGGCACUGUGUGGAACCAAGUGUCACAAGUUUAAUAUUAUUAUAGCUGACUUUGUUGAAUUUGGAGACUUCAUCCCUACUGUUAUAAGUUUAAACUAUUUUUUCUAG